ACUGUGUUCACCCCGUGUGACUAACGAGAAAAUUGUGAGGGACUCUAUCUGUACUCAGUUGCUAACCGAGAGAGAGUCAUCUGCUUUAAAAACGAGUCUAUCUGUGGUGACUUCCUUCAAAACGAGAGUGAGAGAGACGACGUCUGUUGUGUCUGAAAAGUUCCGGAAAAGUUCUGACCUUCCGAUUCUUUUCGGUGUGAGUUGUAUCCCUAGUGUGCCUUCAUUUUUGCUAACGAGAUCUUCUCUCGGGUUGACAUAGAAACCAUCUCUCCACCAAAACUAGGAAACUGCAGGUUAGGCCAGCUGUAUCGAGUUGACGACUGUGCUCCAAAAGUUAGAAAUCGCCCCCGUCUACUUUCUUCAUUUUUCGUGUAUGGUGAAUGAAAAACCGCUGAUAAAAGCUGAGGAGAGCAGUAUUUUGAUUUUCUUUAAAAAUCUUAGAGUCUGGGUGGGUCAUCGUAGUCUCUCUUUCAUUUGUAGGGUGUCAGAAAUUAGUAGUCCUUUCCGUUCUUACGAAGUGGGCUUAAUGAUUAAACUUCGUGGAUGUUGCGAGCGACUGUCAGUAUCAGUAUUCUUUUCCUUCAUAGUUGAGAUUUAGAAAAACACAUCUACUAGUAGACUGUGUAAGCCUAGCUUCAAAGCGUUAUUCCGAUCAAGGUUAGAGAUCAUUGGCAGUCCGAUCAAGGAGACUAUCGUGUACAGAGUUCAAGAUCGGGAAGAAGAUGCAGGUCGUGCGUCCGCGGCUUUUCACUUCUGGUGGGUCGUCAGCGUCGGCUGUCGGAAGACGCUGGCUGACAUCUGCGAAGCCAGAGCAACCAAGAAUCGUGGUACAUUUGCAUGGCAAUGACCGGCGUUCGAUGGCUACGCUCAGCCGCCUGCUUGGUUCGCAGCAUCGCAGCGUAGUGCUGGGUAACGGGACUGCGGUCUGGAGCGCACCCGCAACGCGGAGAGGCAGGAGAGGCUCUGCCUCAGGGAGAACGGUAGUCGAUCCGCACGCGAUGACGAGUGAGAAUAGCAAGCGCCAAUUUUCUGGCGAGGCCGCAUUGAACCCAUAUUCCAAGGGCAGCAAUACCUUCGGGGCUAACGUCCCGGACACGUUGGGAAACCAGAUGAAGUUCCAUCACCUACACUUCUAUGUCAACGAGCUGAAGACGCUGGAAGAAUACAAGAUGAUCGAGGAAAAGUACUUCUACUCCCAUUAAUUAUGGAGUUCUGUGAUUGGUAAUAUGGUUAUCGUGCACUGGCAAUUGUCUCUAUUCCGGUCGCAAUGGAACCAGUCAGCUGAAAGCUGCUACGUCUUUCAAAUGGAUGAGUGAAUACCCAGUCGUAUAACUGACUAUGGCAUGAUGUCGAUUCUCCGCAAUCAUUGUUUUGUUUCGUGUUGUACCUUCUCGGGACGAAGAGUGAUGCGCAGUCCAACCUGAUGACCUGUCCUCUUAAAACAAUAACAAGCUAGUACCUCAUCUUAAAACAAAAGACUUUGGAUUCUUGCACCAAUAUUUUCAGAUUAAAUGCGUUCGUUGAGGGAGGACACGCGUCUGGGGAUAAAGGUGCAGCGCGAGAGGAGUGGCUCAAACUGAAUGGCGGAGAUGGGCCGUCACCUAAAAACUAUAUGCCUCAUGGGCAGGAUGUGGUUACGCAAAUGAUUGUAGGAGCCGGUUGGCGGAUAGCGGGCGUGCACGAGGGAGAGGAUAGCACCAGCUUCCACGUACUACAGAUGAAGGACUUAGAAAUGCGAUUAUUUCAAAGUUUCAUUAUUUAUUAGAGAGUUACUUUUUUUUUUUAGGUUUCAGAAAAAUAGACCUAGAAGUACAGCGUCGUAAUAUUGCUGAUGACAAGAUAUUUGAUCUGCCCGGAAAGGCAGACUGGCAGAAAAGUUUUUCUAUAUUCACUUUCACAACCACAGGUCUGUGCGCACAGCAAUGCCAAGGAGGGAGUUGCAAUCGUGGUCACCGGGUUGAAAAAGGAGUCGCAGGAGAACACUGGUGCUAAACAACUGAGCAUGCGAGAACCGCUCGAUCACUUCCAUCCUCGGAAUUUGAACCAGUUUUUUGAAGCGCACGGCCACCGCCAGGGUUGCGCUGUGCUCGCUUUCUACACGCAGAGCGUGGACGAACUGAUCCAACGCUACCGCAAAACCCAUCCUGUGCUUAUCUUAAGGCUUGCCCCAAUCCAUCUUCUGAAGCAUUUCAGACCUGUCCCAUAAGGGAAAAAUAGGCCCAAGAUGAACCUCGCGAUGGAUUAGGGUGAGCUCUAAUUAUUCGUUCGGGCUUCCCGCGGACGUACGGCACGACAAAAAUUCUAGAGGUGUACGCGUACUACCAAAAAGGCAGUUCCAACAAGGCCGAUUUGGGAACUGUAGUGCGGUUUGUGGAGGAGACGUCGGCCUAUCGCAGAGUCUUUCCGCUGCCAGGCAUGCAGCCGGUGGAGUACAGCAUUGCAGACGGAGCGGUUUGUGCGGCCUACCCAGACCAUUGGGUCAGCAAUGUGUUCAACCGGGAACAGGUACGAGCCAUUCUUGCUGUAAAACAAGGAACUAAGUAAUAUGUAGCUGGAUUUAGGUAUGAAUAUUAUAAGAAUGGGUGUUCGAAUUCCGCCGAAGUUUUCUUGCUUCAAGAGAUUCAAGCUAGUUGUACCUUGACGACUGGAUCAGAUUGAAAGACUAUGGUAAGAUGCACGUGAAGGUACGACUUUAUUACACCUCAUUACCCCGCCCCCAUCGCAUCACACCUCUUCUGUUUUCUCCAUGACCAGGUGUUGCAAACUUUUGCUGAUGUUUUUGGGUUUCAGCCGAAAGUGAAUUUCAAUGCUGGGGUCGUUGGUGCUGGCGAAGCGGUGAUUGAGUCAACAGUGACGGGAAACCAACCUAGCACCGUUCUAGACGAUGAACUGCAAUGGUUCAAGAAUCAGGUACCGUUUUCCUUUGCUAGUGAAUGGUAUCGAAAAGAAUGGUACUAGCGAAGGUUUAGCCUCUUCGAUAGCUAAAGAUUACAUUCGCGUAGAAAUACGGGCUCUCAUUUUCAAACUGGACUUCUACGUAGAUUGAUACAGAUAUAUCUCAUGUUCGUGUUAUCAACAACUCGUUAUAGUACUGUAGAUAUAUUAUUGUUCGACAUCGUCCGUGAGGUCAUCUGCAUCUUGAUACAAAAUUCAGGACCAAAUUUAUUUGCCGAUCAACAACGCAUUGUCGGAGCAUGGGCACGUGCACCUCUAUUUAGAGCAGGUGGGUCAGGGCGUGCAGCAUUUUGCUUCGCGCGUGAAGAAUUUACCCGCGUUCAUAGCGCGGGCGAAUCGAUUCCGCGAAAUUACCGGAGAGGGCCUCGCUUUCCUCGACAUUCCUCGUAGCUACUACGGAUUUUUGAGGGCGGAAGAUUUUGAUCCUGAGGGGAGUGGCAAGACAGGAGAGCGAGGGGAGCAAAUUCUUAGUCUACUCCGAGAGCACAGAUUCGUUGACGAGCACAACGUUGUGCGAUUCGACCUUGACACAGCUGCGGUCGAAAAGGUUCUUGUCGAGUCAUCAUCAUCCCGUAGUACCGCGGACUCCUCGUCCGGGAAGCAAAACCGUGCGAAAGAAGACGUGCAGAUCGUGUCGCGAGGUCGCUAUCGCAACCUAUACGAAAUGAUGGGCGACACCUUCUCCGAAGAAGAAUAUUUGCGGAUCGUUGAGAACAAGAUCCUCGUGGACGUGCAAGGUCGGGACGUGCUUCUGCAAAUCUUCUCAAAGUUAAGGCAUAGUUUCCUGUAGUAUUUUCUGAGGUAAAAAUGAAUGGAUAAAUCCAGGCUAAUCUAGCGGGUAGCAUUUGUCAACUUAGAAUAGAACCUGAAUACUGUGCUACCGACAUACCAAUUUACACAUACUUACCUAUCUACCUACCUACCUACAUACCUACGUAUCUACCUACCUUCCUGCCUUCCUACGUUCCUACCCACAUACCGACGUAUCUACCUACCUUCCUGCCUUCCUGCCUACCUAGGUCCCUUCCUACCUUUUCUAAUUUGCCCAGUAUUGAUGCAGGAACCAGGACAGCAAGCCCCGUUCUUCGAGUUUAUCCAGCGUGUGUGCGAUAAGGACGCUGCCACGAUGCGACCAGGAUGCGGCGGCUUCGGAAUUCGAAACUUCCUCACGCUGUUCCUCUCCAUCGAGGUGAGUAAUUUCAUGGACAUCUAUGAGGCUGCCGCAAAACGCGGCGACGCAGCCGAGAUGGACAUAGCAAAGUUAAGGCUCCUUCUAAUGAUCCAUCUUUAGAGAAGUAAGUCAUUCUAAGUGGCUUUUCAUGUGGAAAAGAGGUCCAGGAUGAGUUUCAAGAUGGAUAUUCGCGAGCUCUAACAAGUCGCGCCGUCGGCAUUUUCACGUCGCAACUGAACGCGAGCAACCCCAUCUUGACCCAGAUCUCUGACACGUUGCAGUUGCAAACGGAGUGCGUGAACCGGCUUGGAGGACUCCCCGCAGACGCUGCCGCUGAGGAGCGGGAAGCGCUCGUAAAGGAAAUCGACUCCUUAGAGAUAGAAAAGGAUCGGAUACAAGAAAUAUUGAAGCAGAUCGGAGAAGAACAUAAAAGUCGCAUGCGAGAGCUCAUGGCGACAAAAACGGCAUCUGCAGCGGCGUGA